UAUGGAACCUACAUGGAUUAAUGAUUAUGACUAUGCUGGGAUAUGCCCUGCUGGAACUUGUCACAUUGAAGAUAUUAGAAAAAUAUAUUCAAUUGAUCUCACAAUUGGUAAUGGCAACAAUGUUGUUGUCAAAUUGAAUUUUUUUGAAACUUGCAUUCUACUUGAAGAAGGAAUUGGUGAUAAUCCACCUAAACUCAAAACUCAAAUUAAAGAAUAUCCAUCCACCCAUGUAAAUUCUGGGUUUCAAGCAAUUUUAGCAUUUGCGUAUGAAGACAAAGAUCUACUUAAAAGUGAAGAUGAAGAUAUAUAUUUCAAUAUUGCUGAUAUUAAUUUAGGAGCAACAUGUACAUCAACAGCCACAACUGCAGGAUACGAAUGCGAAACAGCACUUCGUCAUGUAUCCAACUAUGUUUGGCUUGAGUGUUCUUCAAUAUCAGAUUCUCGGGGUACUUGCAUUGGUCAUUAUAUUGAUAUACUAUUUCCUUUUCCUGUUCAACCACAAUUUUACUGCCUUUCUAUUGGUUUAUAUCAAAGUACUGGAAGUGAAAUGGAGUUCUGGCAAUGUAAUACAAUAAAUCCUGUGGAGGACCGCUAUAGACACUGUUAUAAUUAUACAUUUAGGCCUACAAUUGAAAGUGGAGUAAGGGGAACUAUUAAAGCUCUAGAUUUAGAUGCUGAUGCUACCAUGAAAGUGUUCCAAAUGUAUGUCCUAAAAAGAACAAGAAACAUUUAUACCAUAUCAGACAAUCCUAAUUGUCAAACAAACAUUUAUAAUGGUGUACUUGAUAAUCUCAUUGAAACUUGUACAGUUAUUAAACACUUUCCAGUACAAUUUCAAUAUAAAUUAGCCAAUUCAAAAGAGUUCUAUUCAAGAACAUCAAAGCAUCAUGUAAUUCUUAAAAAAGUAAUCAAUUUAAAAGGAAAUGUUGAUGUUCAAGUCAGCUAUGAUACAAGAAUCAAUAGGAGAAUCAUGAGAAAAUUUUGUACAAUUGAAGAAUUCAGUAACAAUAGCAAUUUGUUUAUGGUAUAUUCAUUCAACUGCAAUCAUUUUUCUCAAACUGCAUCAAAUAUACUCUAUAUUUACAUUGUUCUAGAGAAUAUCAGUGAUAAAGUAUUGUUUUGUGAUAUUCUUGUUUGA